AUCUAUAGUCUAAUUCAGGAACCAGAUCAACUGGGUGUGUGCUCCAAUGCCCGCAAGGACAGGUUAGCUGUCUGAGCCACGUAGAAUAUAGAAUCACAGAGUUCGAAGGGACCUCGGAGGUCAUCUAGCCUAACCCCCUGCUCGAACAGUAGAUCCUAUACCAUUUCAAGACAAAUGGCCAUCCACUCUCUUUUGGAAAGCCUGCAACUUCUGAAGACACACUUAAGCCUUUUAGGUUUACAAGCCCUUCCCACGUAGCGCAAAAUCUGGUUUAAAGAGUUGCGCAUUGCCGUGAUUCCUAUGGGCGGUUCUCAGAUUUUGAAAAAAAGCGAGCCCGGAAACAUCCUAUCCGCUCAACGGAGGCGGCUCCUCUUGUUUCUCUGCUCUACGAGACUUCGCAGUCAUAGGGACGACGAGAGGUAGAAGGAAAUCAUCAUAGAGUGCCGCAGUCAAGAAAGUCUUUCGCAGUAAGCCGGAGUGCUACCGCUUUCCUCAGGCCGGGCAGAACCCGCCGCCUUAAGGACAAAGGUUCCGCCGGGCCGGAAGUGAGCGGGGGAGGAUGGCAAAUGGAAGAGAGGCAGGCCGCUGAACGGAAGUCGUGCGGCUGAGGGGAAACGAAGCGGCUUCGAGUGACGGAGCGAGGAGGAUGAACAACAAAUUCGACGCGACAUAUAGUCCCCCUUGUCAUUCUCAAAGUCCUGUUAGUUUGAAGGAUGACGACAGUGGCGAUCAUGACCAGAAUGAAGAGAACAGCACACAGAAAGAUGGUGAGAAGGAAAAAAACGAUAAGGACAAAUCCCAAAACAGCACCAAGAGAAAGGCUGCGGUUCCAGGACCGGCUGAGCACCCUCUGCAGUAUAACUAUACCUUUUGGUACUCCAGACGGACACCGGGGAGACCCACCAGCUCUCAGAGCUACGAACAGAACAUCAAGCAAAUCGGCACCUUUGCCUCUGUGGAACAGUUCUGGCGGUUUUACAGCCACAUGGUCCGUCCUGGGGACCUGACAGGCCACAGCGACUUCCAUCUUUUCAAAGAAGGAAUUAAGCCGAUGUGGGAGGACGAUGCCAACAAGAAUGGGGGCAAGUGGAUUAUCCGCCUGCGGAAGGGCCUGGCGUCUCGGUGCUGGGAGAACCUCAUUCUAGCAAUGCUGGGAGAACAAUUUAUGGUGGGGGAAGAAAUCUGCGGGGCCGUCGUCUCUGUCCGUUUCCAGGAGGACAUCAUCUCCAUAUGGAACAAGACGGCCAGUGACCAAGCCACCACGGCCCGGAUCAGGGACACCUUACGACGCGUUCUCAACCUUCCCCCCAACACCAUCAUGGAGUACAAAACGCACACGGACAGCAUCAAGGCCUGGGAAGACUUUCAUGGCCUGGUGAACAUCAGCGGCCGCUGAAAUGAGCAUCCUCCCUCCCUCUCACAGGCCCAGGGGAUAACUCCAGCUUCCGAAACACCAAGAUCACAUUGUGACAAGGAAGUGAGGAAGCGACUCCAACCAGCUCUUCCUUGGUGCGGCCC